AUGGCUAUUCUAUUUUGUAUUAAUCUUCUUAACUAUAUGGAUAGGUAUACAAUUGCGGGUGUGUUAACAAAUAUUCAAGGUUAUUAUAAGAUUAAUGACGCCCAAGGCGGAUUGUUACAAACUAUAUUUAUGGUAUUUUUUAUGGUAUGUUCGCCAGUUUGUGGCUUUAUGGGUGAUAGGUACAUCAGAAAGUGGAUUAUGACUGUCGGAAUUGCCGUGUGGGUUCUGGCCGUGAUCGCCUCCACCUUUGUCCCCGAAAAUAUGUUCUGGAUGUUUUUGUUGUUCCGAGGGAUAGUCGGUGUCGGAGAAGCCUCAUAUGCAGUCAUUUCACCGUCUAUAAUCGCCGAUAUGUUCACUGGUGAAAACAGAAGUCGAAUGCUGAUGUUCUUUUAUUUCGCGAUCCCUUGUGGAAGGUAA